GGACUCAGACACACGCACUCACUCACUCUGGCAAUGACCAAAACAAAAGAAAAAAAUCACACUCACCCAUUAACCACGCAAUGAUGAUGUCCCCUUAACCCGCGUGAUCUACAUUCAACUGCGUUGUAACCAUACCCAAGCUUGAAGAACCGAUCAUGGCGAUCAUCACAGAAGAACCGGACCAACAAGAACCCACACACUCACGCUCACAGAUCCCACCAACUAAUCCUCGCGAACCCAAAUCACCCUCAACCCCAACACAGCCCCCUAACAACACAUUCUCUUUCUGGUUCUACUUCACACUCUGCGUCUCUCUCAUCACUCUCCUUUUCGUCUUCACCUCUUCCCUCUCCCCUCAUGACAGCAAAACCUGGUUCCUCAGCUUACCCAACUCCCUUCGCCAACACUAUUCAAAGGGCCGCACCAUCAAGGUGCAAACGCGGCAUAACCAACCACCCAUUGAAGUUUUCACCGUCGAAGAGGGUCCCACAGCUUCGGAAAACGUUGUCAUUGUACACGGGCAGGGUCUCAGUUCAUACUCUUACCGCAAAGUUACAAACUUUUUAGCUUCCAAGGGAGUGCACGUGGUUUCUAUUGACCUACCCGGAAAUGGUUUUUCCGACAAGACCGUGGAAGAUUCCGUUGAAGGGGUGAACGGGAUUUUUGGGAGGUUUUGGUACGUGUACAGUGAAAUUCAGGAAAAGGGUAUUUUCUGGGCUUUUGAUCAGAUGGUGGAAACUGGUCAGAUUCCGUAUGAGGAAAUUGUAGCUCGGAUGGCUAAGAGGAAGGUGAAAAAGGCUAUUGAUUUGGGUCCCCAAGAGAUGGGAACAGUGUUGGGACAAAUUGUUGAUACCAUGGGGCUUGCUCCUGUUCACUUGGUGUUGCAUGAUUCAGCUUUGGGAAUGAGUGCCAAUUGGGUUUCUGAGAAGCCUGAAUUGGUGAGAAGUGUGACGCUUAUUGACACAGCAGCUUCUACCGUGGGUGCUUUUCCCAUUUGGGUUCUGGAGUGGCCUCUGAUUAGGAACAUGGUUUUGGGGUUUUCUUUGGUGUAUACAAAGGUGGUGAAUUUGUGCUGUUCUAAGAGGAUUGGUGUUUUGGAUGUGGAUGCUCAGAGGGUGUUGUUGAAGGGAAGGGAUGGGAGGAAAGCGGUUGUUGCUGUUGGGAAGAAUUUGAAUUCAAGCUUUGACUUGGCAGAGUGGGGUGGUUCUGAUGGAUUGAAAGAUAUGCCAAUGCAUGUGAUAUGGUCUGCUGGUUGGUCUGAAGAAUGGAACAGCGAGGGUGAUCGGGUUGCAAGUGCACUUCCACAGGCCACUUUUGUUGGACAUUCUGGAGGGCGGUGGGCUCAGGAGGAUGUAGCAGUUGAGAUAGCUGAACAAAUUUCUCAGUUUGUCUUGUCUUUACCAAAGACUUUUAGGAAAGUUGAGCAAGAACCCAUCCCAGAUCACAUACAGAAGUUGCUUGAUGAAGCAAAAAGUAAUGGUCACGAUCAUCAUCUCCAUGCUCAUGCUCAUGAUCAUGAUCAUGAUCACAAUCACUAUGGUGAUGCUCACAUUCAUGGAGCUAAUUAUAUGGAUGCAUAUGGGCUUGGUCAUGGACCUCAUGGUUGGUGAGAAUGAUCACAGGAUUGUAUGUCACUAACGUUCACAUAGUACUCUCUGCUUCACCUUGCUCAUACGUUGCAUUAGUUGGGAAGCUGAAGCUCAUACGAUAGAGUUCUUGCCAGCUAAAGCCUACAUGUUGUAUGUUAUUUAUUUUAACUGUUUUACAUUUUCAAAAUUGCUGAAGGGUGAGAAGACUAUGCUCUAAAGAACGAUUAUGCACGAGAAGACAAUUGUUCUAACAAAAAAACUAAUUAUGUCUUUGAGCUGAUUGCUGUCGUAUGGAGCUACUUUUUGUAUUUGGAUUCUGAAAGAUGUUUGAUGAGAAGAAAUUUUAAUCAAUGUACUUGAGAUAUUUCAGUUACAUAGAUGAUUGUGUAAUACUUGAUACGUUAAUUAGAAUAUCAUAGUAAAAGUAGUAAUAUGAAAAUGCAAUAUAAUCAAUCCUCCAUAUAUUUU